AUGCCUCUCGUCGUCCCCGGCAUCAACUCCAAAGACUCCGGUUCCGGCUCCGGCACGGAUUCCUGGAUGACCAAGCUGAUGGGCAAGACACUUGCAGACAAGAGCGACGAGACGAGUUUCGCGAAGAAAGAUCUGCCUCAGAACCACCGCGUCGUUGAAGAAGGCGGUUUCUUGACCAUGGACCACAAUCCUGACAGACUCAACGUCCAUGUUGACAAAGACGGGACUGUCAAGAAAGUCACUAAAGGAUAG